CUACAAUAACUUACACUAACAUCUGUAGGAGUUGGCAGACCCUGAUCUCUACAAUAACUUACACUAACAUCUGUAGGAGUUGUCAGACCCUGAUCUCUACAAUAACGUUUUGUUAUACAGACACUGUCCUAUAGGGAGUCGCUGCACUGUGUACAGACGGCGUUCAUCAUUUUGUCCGGACAGGGAGCCGCACUGAACAUUGAUCCUAUCACCUUCUACACCCAUCUAUACAAUACACUGUUCAAGGUCCAUGCAGGGUCGUCUUGUGAAGAUAUCCCUAUCAUCCUCAAUUGUCUGGAUGCCAUGGUAACAAGAAGGAAAAGGCAGAUUUCCCAGCAAAGAGUUCUGGCAUUCAUCAAGAGACUGUUAACCCUGGCCCUGAUGCAGUGUCACGAGGGCAGCCUUGGUUUACUGUUAGCUGUCAGGAGCUUCAUAUUGACCUACAAAUCUAGUGAGAUGCUCUUUGAUAAUGAGACUCAGGGGAGUGGUGUCUUCCUGCCAGAGUUGGCUGAUCCUGAACACUGCAAUGCACACAACAGUAUGUUGUGGGAGCUACCACUGUUAAAGCGUCAUUACCAUCCAUUGGUUAGACAGAUCAGUAGCCAUGUGUCACUACUAACCCCGACUACAGGAGAAGGACAAUUAGCCACGGACCUCGCACGAAAAAGUCCUAAGGAGCUGUAUGAAGCACAUCAAACCAGAGAGGAGCUCUUCUUUCCAAUGCCACCAAAGAAAUCCUCCUCAAAAAACAAAACGCUACACAACAAGGUACCAUAG